GCAGACCUGGCAACCCUGCUCCUGUCAAAUCCUCGCUCUAGAACAUGCCAACUCCUGCUGGAAGUUACUCGCACUCGUCUUCAGUGUAAUCGUCUGCUGUCUCUCACACAGUCGCCAUGGCAGUAAAGAGAGCGUUAGUGAUUCUGUCUAAAGGUGCAGAGGAGAUGGAAACGGUUAUUCCCGUGGACAUCAUGCGCAGAGCCGGGAUUGAAGUUACGGUUGCGGGACUUAUUGGUAAAGAGCCAGUCCAUUGCAGCAGAAACGUGGUGAUCUGUCCUGAUGCCAGUCUGGAAGAUGCCAGAAAAAAGGGUCCUUAUGAUGUGGUGCUUCUGCCAGGGGGAAUGCCAGGGGCCCAGAAUCUGGCAGAGUCUCCUGUUGUUAAAGAGGUGCUGAAAGAACAAGAUGGCAGAAAAGGCCUGAUUGCAGCCAUCUGUGCAGGUCCCACUGCUCUUCUGGCACAUGGCAUCGGCUACGGCAGCACAGUCACGACACAUCCUGCCAUGAAGGAGAAGAUGAUGGCUGGAGACCACUAUAAAUAUUCAGAAGCUCGAGUGCAGAAGGAUGGACAUUACAUCACCAGCCGUGGGCCAGGAACCAGCUUUGAGUUUGCCCUGACGAUUGUAGAGGAACUUAUGGGGACUGAGGUUGUAGCUCAAGUCAAGGCUCCGCUUAUGAUGAAAGACUGAAUGUUGCUGUGUUCGCCUCCUGCCUGCAAACAGCACUGCCAGCUAUACAAGCUCACCACUACUGAGACAGCAAAUCCAGUGUAGCUGGCACAAAAAGUCAAAGGCACUAUAGUGACUAAUCAUUCUCCCUGGGAAAAUGUUGGCGAUUCUGUUGUCUUCCUUUUCUUAGUCUGCACUAAAGUGUACCAUUAUGUCACUGAAACACAAUAUGGAUAAAUAGAUUUUGUUUAAUUUCCCACAAAUUGCUUAAUUGUCCUGGCUUGUUCUCUUGUUACACUUGCCAUUAAAAACAUUCAUGUGUC